AUGUGCGAAAUAGACUCAGCGUUAGUAUAUAUUCACACUGUACAAACUUCUCUCCAAAACGCCAUUUACGCGUUUGCCGAAACUGUCGACAGCAUAGAAAUGCCACCAGGAGGUGAAGAAGAAAAGCGCGUUUCGGAACACAUCGAAAAAGUCAACACGCUUCUUUCCAAAACGGAAACAUUUCUCGCGCGUCUUGAGAUGCAAAAACACGUCUUGACGACGAAAAUGAGAACUCAAACAGGAGUACAAGUAUAUCCGGACCCUGGAGUGCAAAAUCAGGAAACAUCGGUGGGCCGCGUUUAA